UGAAACGUUUAAUAAAGCUACAGUCUUGUUGAUUAUAUUGCCCAAGAGGCAGAUUUCAGUCGUCUGAUCGCCUUGCACACGGCUUGCAUCAGAGGUUCACUUACAUCAUUCUUAGCACAGACAACCAGCGACUGGAUAUUAAAGAUUUUCCUUGGUGAUGUGCAGAUGAAAUAAAGCCCAAAAAUGUAACUUGAUGAUCUGUGGAGAGAUCAGUGGCAAUGUGUCACAAAGGAGCCAGAUUAGUUAUACUACACUAACCUGUUGGAGGAAGAUAGCACCAGUUGUUCAUUUGUUAAGGAGAUAACAGAAUCUUGUAUAGUCACCCUGUGGCUGAAGUCUAGUGAAAACAGGACUAAACUUUGAUUGGUCGCACGUGAGCUGUCACCAUGGCGAUGAAUGGCAUUGCUGACAGAGAGGGGCGGGGUUCACCUGGCCCUAACCUGUUUGCUCCUGAUGACGAGUCUGACGCAGAACAGGAGAUGACCAACAUUAUGUCAAAGACUGCCCUAAUCAGCCCUAGUCAUGAGGAAUACGACCUUCUUGUGGACAACAUGAGAUCACUGAUUGAAGAUGGCCAAGGGGAGACAAUCUUUGAGGUGGGAACUGGAGAAGGUGACCCUCCAGGACUGAAGCCAGAGGACAUGCAGGCCUCAGUGGCCACCAUGAAGAGCAUAGCUGAAUCUCUCAACCUGGAAUCCGUGUUUCUCAGGGACAGAACAGGGCCAGAGGGAGAAAUCAAGGAAUUCCUGCUGCGGAAGAAGGUGGAGAUGGAAGACUUCAUGGAAGUCCGGGUGGCUGUGGUUGGAAAUGUCGACGCAGGCAAGAGCACACUGCUGGGAGUGCUGACCCAUGGGGAACUGGACAAUGGACGUGGGACGGCUAGACAGCGACUCUUCCGACACAAACAUGAGAUGGAGUCAGGGAGAACAAGCAGCGUGGGCAAUGACAUUCUGGGAUUUGACUCCGGAGGCAAAGUUGUCAACAAACCAGACCAUGGUAACCUGGACUGGGUCAAAAUCUGUGAACAGUCUUCAAAAGUUAUCACUUUCAUAGAUUUAGCCGGACAUGAAAAGUAUCUGAAGACAACCGUGUUUGGAAUGACAGGUCAUGCUCCAGACUUUGCUAUGCUUAUGGUUGGAGCUAAUGCUGGGGUGAUAGGCAUGACUAAGGAGCACUUGGGCCUUGCCCUUGCCCUGAACGUUCCUGUGUUUGUUGUGGUCACUAAGAUAGACAUGUGUCCCCCAAACGUCCUACAGGAGACCCUGAAACUCCUGCAAAAGAUCCUCAAGUCUUCUGGCUGUCGGAAAAUCCCAGUCAUGGUCCAGAACAAAGAUGAUGUCAUCUGCUCAGCCACAAACUUCACAUCAGAGAGGAUGUGCCCAUUAUUCCAGGUCUCAAAUGUUACUGGAGAAAAUCUAGAUCUAUUAAAGAUGUUCCUUAACCUGUUAACAACACGAGUGAAAUCUGAUAUAUCAGAUCCUGCAGAGUUUCAAAUAGAUGACACUUUCCUUGUACCUGGGGUGGGGACAGUGGUAUCAGGAACUGUGCUUCGAGGACACAUUAAGCUGAAUGACCCCAUGCUGCUGGGACCGGAUGCGCUCGGAAAAUUCCAGAAUAUUGUUGUCAAAAGUAUACAUCGGAAACGCAUGCCAGUGAAAGAGGUGCGAGGUGGACAAACAGCUUCCUUUUCUCUUAAAAAGAUUAAGCGAUCAGCGUUACGAAAGGGUAUGGUUAUGGUGUCCCCUCGACUAGAUCCACAGGCAUGCUGGGAAUUUGAGGGGGAGAUUCUUGUGCUUCAUCAUCCAACGACAAUCAGUGUCCGCUAUCAGGCAAUGGUCCACGUGGGAAGUGUACGUCAAACAGCCACGAUACUUAACAUGUCAGAGGAACACUUACGGACGGGAGACAAGGCCAUCGUGAGAUUCCGCUUCAUUAAAAAUCCUGAAUAUUUACGGACAGAUAUGCGGAUGGUGUUCCGAGAAGGAAGGACAAAAGCUGUCGGAAAUGUCACAAAACUGUUCCCUCACAUCAGCGCUGUCGCUCAGAACACACGGCAGCAGAGGGCACAGAAAAAAGCUCAGGACGGAAAUCAUUGUAUUAAACCUCAGAACGAGCCUCAGAAAGCGAGCAAAAAGACGCGUUCCAGAUUUAUGUAUAAUAGAGGGCCCCAGCCUUCAAUACAUAGUGAGGAGAAAGCAGAUGUAGCAAAGUCAGAGACAGUGACAUGAGCACCAAGCGUUAUAGUACCACAGCUUCUCAUUUCAUAAGUACACUGUGACAGUUUCUUUCAGAUUUGUGGAAAAUCCAUGUGAGACCUUUAUUGAAGUUAACAUAACCGUAACAAAGAUGACUCUAUACCAAUGUACACAUUUUUGUACAAAUUUACUGAAUUUCUAGUAAUGGUUAUAUUAUUCUUCAAUAAUUUGCCAUUUGCCACCUUGCCUGAAAGUGAAGAUGAUUCUUCUGUGAAAGCUUGGUGAAAUAGCUGUAAUGAUGGGACCAUCAGUCUCCUCCAUCAGCAGCUGUUUUACAUUAUUUGCAGGAUUUUUUUUUUGUAGUAUGUACACUGAGUGUGCAAAACCUGUUUGAUGUGUUCAGUUCGCACAUUUUUACCAAUUGUCAUAAAUGAUUUAUGCUGUACACGUACGUGUGUUGGCAACUCCUCAAGGGAGAUAACUUUGUGCAGUGCCUGCAUGGUGGUUGAACUUGUAUUAUGUUUCGGCAAAUCAAGAAGAGGACAACUAUAAUGAUAUGUCCACAGCUCACGAAAAGGAUAAUUUGAAAAAGGAGUUGUUUUUGACAUAAGAUAUGAUUGUAAGUAAAGUUGAAUGACAUCAGCUGUUACAGUUCGGUAACUUUAAUAACUGAAUUAUUUUGUGAACAUGUUUUGAGGAUUAUAGAAGCACUGGUACAUGUGAGAUAUAUGAGUGUGACAGACAUAAGAGCAUAUUUAUUAUGUGUGUCAACAAGUUGCCAAAAUAGUCUGACUUUUAUUGUUUUUAUAUUUAUGAUCAAUUAUGUAUUGGACAAUUUUGCUCUGAGCUUUAAAAGCAUUAUUCACAAACAAUAUUCAUGUUCAAGGGUUAUAUUCAUAACAUUCUACAUGCAACUUGGAUCUUUGCUCUUUGGUACCGUGCUGUACCCAAUGUGACGGAAAUCAUACAAAACCGAAACAGUUUUAUGUCAUUAACAACAAUGUUCGUGAAGAGGUAAAAGAAUCAAGAUAUGUAAUAUCAAAUGAAUGUCUGCCAUGACUCUCCAGUUGGAUUAAGAACACAAUUAGACCUGUGCAGAUUGCAAUGUGACAGAAAAUCAAGCCGAGCUCCACGUUUGCUGUGUGAAAAUGUUUGGUUGCACCGUAUGAUGGUUGUGCGGGUAACUCUGUUCAGAGGUAAUGUAACUUCUGAGGCUGGCUAGUGGACUUAUUUUAUUCUCAUUCUUAAGUUCAUGACAAAAAAAAUAAAUCAUGAAAUGAGGUUUCCCUUCUCCCCAGAUAAAGAUAUCUUCAUUUAGUCUUGUCAUUGACUCUUAUUAUGUGGCAUAAAUUGGUGGUUGCUGGCAUUGUAUGAUGGGUCAAAAUUCAGUCAACUAAUCUUGGUGUCCGGC